AUUAGGUAACCAUACAUGGAAGUAGCACUGAAGACAUUCUCCUCCUCUUUUGGCAGGCAACCUUGGUUUUAUGGCUGGGGCUUUAAUCUUCCACGAGGCCAAGCACUAUUAGAGAAGUGGAACCUUAUUCCAGAUGGGAUAGAUAUUCUUAUAACACAUGGACCACCUCUCGGUUUUCUAGAUUGGGUACCUAAGAAAAUGCAACGGGUAGGAUGUGUAGAGCUGCUGAACACAGUCCAGAGACGAAUACAGCCAAGGCUUCAUGUGUUUGGACAUAUCCAUGAAGGUUAUGGUGUCAUGGCUGAUGGAACUACUACCUACGUGAAUGCUUCUGUGUGCACUGUGAAUUACCAGCCACUAAAUCCACCUAUAAUUAUUGACUUACCUACUCCGAGGAAUACAUGAUUAUAAUAAAGGAUUUCAUGUUGUACCCAACACAUUAGCAACUUUAUAUUGCUGGCUGAGAAUUCCAAUAGGGAACUAUUCAACAAGAAAAGUCCUUCUUCUCUUUUUCCUGCUAGCUCUUCACAGAUAAAUCUGAGUGACAAAAAUGGAUGAUGAACAAAGACAUUUUGGUGCCAGAAACAGAUUAAAGACAUAUCACCAUUAAAAUGUUUGUGAACACAGAAAAGUGAAUGCAUUCCACAUCUAUAUACAUAUACAUCUCUCUCUCUCUCAAGUAGGGACUUUUGUACAUACCGUACAUUAUAUUGGACUAACUAAAAGAACAGUGUCUUUCAGGGGAAUGUUUCUUCAAGAAAGUUUGCAGUUUAAACAGAGUUUAGACUAGGAUUUCCUCAUUUCACGUUUCCCAUCGAGCUCUUGAUAAAAGUGAUGUUAAAGAUUUUUUCCCUUAAUACAGGAAACACAAAAGAUACUUCAUAAAUGACCAGCCACAAGAGGAAAGCUAUUAUUUCAAGCCUUCCAGGUCUUGAGUCCUUGCAUCUAUUCCAAACCAAUGCAAUAGAGGUCUUAAUUCACUGUACUGAAAUGAAGUUUGCUACAUCUGACAUUAAGGGAAAGGAUGCAUAUUGCCAGCAUGUUGUAAACAGCUCAAAAUCCAAGAAGGGAGAAGGGAGACUGUGUUAAGUGCAGUAUAAACUCAGGAAUUUGUAAGCUGGUUUCGCCCGUGGGGAAAAAAAAAAAAAAAAAAAAAAAAAAAGACAUUUCACUUAAAAAAAUGAAGGAGUAUAACUGUGUUUUCAUAUGGUAAGGCAAUGCGUGAUUGUCUGUAAAAAGAAAAAAAAAAAACAACAAAAACAUCACCCAACAACCGAUUGCUCAGUAUUGAAAUUUUAAAUAAAACCCACUGGGACUAUUUGUUUAAAACUUGUUGCUGGUAUAUGCAGCCAAUAGUGAGAUUUCUGUUUUGAAUUUGGCCCAUGUCAGCUGUGACUAAAUGUCAUUGUGAUCAUUUUGUCCUUUGGGAAACUUUAUGAACCUCAAAGAGGGGGGGGGGGGUCAUCCAAAGGUGGGGUUUGGGCAUUCAAUUUUGGAUAGCUGU